GAUUAAAUUCGACCAUUCGAAAACGCUAUUAUUUCGCGCAUACGCACUCUGUUUUGGCCAACAUAAAAUUGGAAGAGUUGCGGUACUAUAUAUAUCGGGGCCAAGUUUGUUCGAGACACUGAACUCUACGAAUUCAUUGAUUCAAGCCCAUUCAAGCUCGUUGCCAAAAAUUAAAGGUGUCGACAGCGCGAAAGUGUGUCCAUACUUGUUAUAUCUCUACGUUGCUAUGUCCAAGAAACAGGACAAGGUGGACAACGGCAUCGUCGCCGUGAAGAGCAAAGUGGUUUGACGCCGACAUCAUCAGAUUCUCCAUCAAUCGUAACGAGCCUAUGAGCUAUGAGGAUUUUGGUAAACUGUUGGCGCAACGGCAUGAUUUAGGAGCAGAUUUUAACUAUUUAAUUUGGUACACGGAUACAGAUGGUGAUCUACUUCCUAUCAAUAAUGAUAACAAUCUGGCUAGAGCACUGUUGGCCACCAGGAGUCUGCUCAGAAUUUUUAUACAGAGGAAAGGUGAUGGAGCAUGGGACAAUGGAUAUGGGACAAUAAAACCUAAAAACCUGAUAUCUAGUAUUCUGGGUGGUACGCCAGGAAAGCCAAAAUCUAUUGCUAUUUCCAAUCCACAUGAUUUUAGGCAGGUAUCUGCAAUUAUUGAUGUCGACAUACUGCCAGAAACCUGUCGACGUGUGCGUCUUUUGAAACACGGUUCUGAUAAACCCCUAGGAUUUUAUAUUAAAGAUGGCGAAAGCUUUCGCAUAUUGCCAUCGUCAGCUGGAGGGGGAAUUGAGAAAGUUCCAGGAGUGUUUAUCAGCAGAUUAGUGCCAGGUGGUUUAGCAGAGAGCACAGGCCUUUUAGCUGUAAAUGAUGAAGUCCUGGAAGUGAAUGGCAUAGAAGUUGCAGGCAAAACACUUGAUCAGGUGACUGAUAUGAUGAUAGCGAACUCUAGCAAUCUCAUCAUAACCGUCAAGCCUGCAAACCAAAGGGCAGCGUUGGCUGCACCUCGGCGUGGAUCAUUUUCGCGUAACAGUCAAUUAUCUUCGGGAAGUCACCAGUCCACGCAAAGUGCCGGUAGCGAUGAGGAAGCGGAUGAGAUUGUCGAUCUUACCGGUUUGACAAUACAAGACGACGCCUCGGCGUCGUCUACUCAACACCAUCACUAUCACCAUCAUCAUCAUCACCAAAAUUACAGUCACGAUCAAGGUAUUCUGCAUCUCUAAGAUGAUUAUGGUUGAUUAAUUAAUCCUUGGAUAAUAGACAGCGUGAUAGCCGCGAAGGCUGAGUCAAUUUUGAUCUAUAGUAAAAUCUUUUUAUAAUAUCUCAAA